AUGAAAAAAUUUGAAGAAUCACUUACAGAUUUAACUAAAUCAUUGGAAAUUGAACCAAAUGAUGCAUUGGCAUUAAAACAACGUGGAAAAAUUUAUUGCAUGGUAAAAAAAUAUGAAGAAUCACUUGCAGAUUUAACUAAAUCAUUAGAAAUUGAUCCAAAUGAUGCAUGGGCAUUGAGUAGCCGAGGAAAAACUUACUGCAUGAUGGGAAAAUAUGAAGAAUCACUUGCAGACUUAAAUAAAUCAUUGAAAAUUGAACCAAAUGAUGCAUGGGCAUUGGGUAGCAGAGGAAAAACUUAUUACAUGAUGGGAAAAUAUGAAGAAUCACUUGCAGAUUUAACUAAAUUAUUAGAAAUUGAACCAAAUGAUACAUGGGCAUUAAAACUAUGUGGAGAAGCUAGCUACAUGAUGGGAGAAUAUGAAGAAUCACUUGCAGUUUUAACUAAAUCAUUGAAAAUUAAACCAAAUGAUUCAUGGGCAUUGAGUAGCCGAGGAAAAACUUACUGCAUGAUGGAUAAAUAUGAAGAAUCACUUGCAGAUUUAAAUAAAUCAUUGGAAAUUGAACCAAAUAAUCCACAAAUAUUGAGUAGUCGGGGAAUAACUUAUCGCAUGAUGGGUAGAUUUGGAGAAUCACUUGCAGAUUUAACUAAAUCAUUAGAAAUUGAACCAAGGGAUCCAUGGACACUAAAACACUAUGAAGAGAUGGGCCAUGAUGCACAAAUGAAACAAAUGGAAUUACGCAGCUAUUACUACAACACAGAUUGGAACAUGGAUGAUGAUGAAUAUUUUGCAUGUGAUGUAGAGAAAUGUGAAUAUUGGGAUCGUGAUGUUUAUUUUAUCAUCAUUGAUAAAUUUACAGAUACUACAAAAGUAGCAUUAAAAUGUUUAAAUGGUUCAUCUGAUUCAACAAUUGAUUUUUUAAAAGAAGUUGAAUUAAACCUCCAAAUAGCUGAUGAUGCAUUUUUUAUUCAAUGUAUGGGAAUUUCUCAGGAUCCUCAAACACUCAAUUACAUAAUGGUAAUGGAGUUAGCAUCUGAAGGUAGUCUUCGUACAUAUUUGAAUGUUAACUAUGAUAGUAUGAGUUGGCAAGAAAAGAUCAUGUCAUUAUGUAGUAAUAGUUUAUUUGCUGGGUUUAUUGCACCAAAGCUGCCUUCCUGGAAACUACAUUCUGAAGCAAUUUAUACAAGCAGGCUUCUUGAUACCUCCAAUCUUCCACCACCAGUAAAUGCACCAGAUUUUGAAAAACAACUUAGCAAAUUAGUUCCUGAAGUGCUUGAUGACAAGCAGAAUAUUUUAGAUAUGCAUGAUAGUAAGCAGGUUGAACUUACUAUUCCUGGUGGCAAGCAUUAUAUUAUCUAA